CUUGGCCUAGUGGCCCGCCAACCCUGCCAUUGCGUCCAGCCCUGCCCUGGAGGAUCAGGGUUGGGGAGUGUGGGGGAAAACAAGAGCGGCUUCUUUGGGGUUCGGUCAGAUCAUCUGAGAACGAUGCUCGCAGACUCUGAAGGGUGCCCCUUUCUGGCAAUGGACGGAGCCCCCAGAUGUGAUCACCACUCCUGCAACUCCUUUCCACUGUCUGCCCAUUUUUCUGCAGUGUGCAUGCUGAUAGCCUUUCAGUGCACCCUCAGCCACUUUGCACAGGCCCCAGGUGUGAGCAUGGCCGAGGGGGACACCCUGAUAUCAGUGGAUUAUGAAGUGUUUGGGAAGGUGCAAGGGGUGUUUUUCCGCAAGUACACUCAGGCUGAGAGUAAAAAGCUAGGAUUGGUAGGCUGGGUCCAGAACACCGACCAGGGCACAGUGCAAGGACAAUUACAAGGUCCCACCUCCAAAGUGCGUCAUAUGCAGCAGUGGCUUCAGAAGAAAGGAAGUCCCAAAUCCCACAUUGAGAGAGCAAAUUUCGACAACGAGAAAGUCAUCUCAGAGUUGGAUUACUCAGAUUUCCAAAUUGUGAAAUAAUGACCUAAAUCAAAAAUUUCUAGGAGAAACUCAGUGGUUUGGUUUUGUUGUUGUUAAUAGAAUAAAUAUUCUGUGUUCAGAAUUUGAAUUUGUCAGUAAGUUAUUUUAAUAUCAUAUUUGAAUGUUACUGUAUGCCCUGUCAUAUAAGAUUACAUCUAUACACAAUUCUUAUCAAUAAAGCCACAUUGGGACACUC